UUAAAUUAAAAAUUAGCCUCAGGUGGCUGGCGGCUACCAUGUCCUUCUCUCUCUCUCCUUUUUUUUUUCAGUGCUCUGCUCUCGUGUGGAGAUGGCAUUGUUUUUUUUGGUCAGUCUCCUAUUGGUGACAUUUGGUGGUUUCCAGUUUUUAGUCUCUGGGGGAUAUGGGUACAGUAGCAGCAUCAUGACCCCCCCAUGGAUGUGCACGUUCCAAUGCUCAGAAUCUAUGAAUAUGUCACCUUACCUGUCAAAGGGAACUUUGCAGAUGUUAUUGAGUUAAGGACCUUGAGCUGGGGAAAUGAUUCUGGGUUAUCCAGGUGGGCCACUUACAUUGCAAGGGUCCUUAAAGGAGGGAGGCAGGAGGGUCAGAGUCAGAGGCUUGAAGACGGAGGAUGGGGCCACGAGCCAAGGGAUGCAGGGACCUCUAGAAGCUGGAAGAGGCAGGGAAACCAUUCUCCCCUCAAGCCCCCAGAAGGAACUCCCUGCAACACCUCCUUUUAUCCCAGUGAGACCUGCAGACCUGUGGAGAAUACAUUUGCCUGGUUUUAACCAUUGAGCUUGUGGCAGUUUGUUAUAGCAGCCAUAGGAAAUUAAGACAGUGGUUCUCUAUAAAAUAACACUGUCACUUCCUGGAGGCUUCCCCACACCAGGCUGUGCUCCGCCCUUCACCUGCAACAGGAUGACCACCCCAUGAAGUUACGCUAGGUCCUUUCCAUCUUUCAAUUGGGGGAACAUGUGCCCGAGAUUGAAGCCAUCGGGGUCACCUAUGGUGAGUGGACAGACAGAUGGAAUUGACUGUGCCGUUUCUUACCUUCAGGCCACCAUUCAGGGGAAAACUGUCAUUGUGACGGGUGCCAACACGGGCAUUGGGAAGCAGACCGCCCUGGAGCUAGCCAGAAGAGGAGGCAACAUCAUUCUGGCCUGUCGAGACAUGGAGAAGUGUGAGGCAGCAGCAAAGGACAUUCGCAGGGAGACACUGAAUCACCGUGUCAAUGCCCGGCACCUGGACUUGGCCUCGCUGAAGUCCAUCCGAGAGUUUGCAGCGAAAAUCAUUGAAGAGGAGGAGAGAGUGCAUGUCCUGGUCAACAAUGCGGCUGUGAUGCGGUGCCCCCACUGGACCACUGAGGACGGCUUUGAGAUGCAGCUUGGCGUCAACCACCUGGGUCACUUUCUUCUGACAAACUUACUGCUGGACAAGCUCAAGGCUUCAGCCCCUUCACGGAUCAUUAACCUCUCAUCCUUGGCCCACAUUGCUGGACACAUAGAUUUUGAUGACCUAAACUGGGAGAAGAGGAAGUAUGACACAAAAGCGGCCUACUGCCAGAGUAAGCUGGCCGUCGUCCUGUUCACCAAGGAGCUGAGCCAGCGGCUGCAAGGCACAGGUGUGACCGUCAAUGCUCUGCACCCUGGUGUGGCCAGGACAGAGCUGGGCAGACACACAGGCAUGCACAGCUCUACCUUCUCCAGCUUCACACUCGGGCUGUGUCUGGGGUGGCUGACACGAGCUCAUAACAGCCCACUCCCCAAGCCCUCCCUCCAGGCCCUGCCUCGCUCUCUUGUGCCCCUGGAGAAGCCAGUGACCAUCCUCUGCCAGGGACCCCCGGGCGUGGACUUGUACCGUUUGGAGAAACUGAGAUCUGGGACGUACAAGAACCAGGCUAUCCUCUUCAUCCCGGCCAUGAAACAGAGUUUUGCAGGACGCUACCGGUGCUCGUAUCAAAACGGGUCCCGCUGGUCUCCCCCAAGUGACCAGCUGGAGCUGGUGGCUACUGGUAAUGGGACAGGAGGGGGUGGGGUGCGGCUGGAUGGGCGGCCUCAGUGCUAUAGAGUCCUCAGUUCUAGGCUCAAAGAGGAUGAAAAUGGGGAUAAUGAUGACAGUAAAUGGCUGGAAGGGUGGGGCUGGGGGAGGUCAAAGGGGGCUCUGGCCUGGAGUGUUAAAUUUAGGGGAGGUUCCCCCAAAACUCCUCCGCCAUCAAGGAUAACUAACAUGGUGAGGUAACAUCUGUUGGCAAAAGUCAAAAUCGAUGCAAAAGCAUCCACAAUGAACAAAAUAUCACAAUGUAAAGACAAUUCUAAAAUGCCGUUGCAAGAUGUAGCCACGCUUGACACAAAAGGAAAAUCGUGCACGCCUUUAUCCACGUGCUAAUACACUUAUUUUUUGGUGGAAUAAAAUGUCCUCAGCUUAUGCUUUUCUUUCUAAUGCAUUUUUAAAUGGUCAUUUUACAAUGUAGAUUUCGAAAAUAUCAUUGAGUUUU